CACGGGCAUUGCCUCCUCACUGUUUCUGCACCAAAACCCUCUUAAAUCUUCUUCUCCUUUUCCUCCCCAGAAAACCCUAGCUCCCAAUGGACGACAACUUGUACGACGAGUUCGGCAACUACAUCGGCCCCGAGAUCGAAUCUGAUCGAGACUCCGACGGUGAUGAAGACUCUAACGAUGCCGCCGACAAGUCUCCCGGCGGCGAAUCUUUUCAUUCCGACGAUGACGGUGGCUCACCCAUCUCUGCUGCCAAUGGUUGGAUUACCUCCACUGCAGGCGGAACCGAUGAUAUGGAUACCGAUCCUUCCACUUCGCAAAUAGUUCUUGCGGAGGACAAGAAGUACUACCCCACAGCCGAGGAGGUCUAUGGAGACGGUGUCGAAACCCUCGUGAUGGAUGAGGACGAGCAGCCCCUUGAGCAGCCUAUAAUCAAGCCUGUUCGUACCAUCAAGUUUGAGGUCAGCGCCAAGGAGUCUUCCACUUAUGUAUCGACCGAGUUUCUUCUCGGUCUUGCCUCCAACCCCGCUCUUGUCCGUAAUGUUGCGCUUGUUGGUCAUCUCCAACACGGGAAGACCGUGUUUAUGGACAUGCUUGUCGAACAAACACAUGGGAUUUCGACAUUUGAUACGGAGAGGGAACGGCACAUGAGGUACACUGAUACUAGGAUCGAUGAGCAGGAGAGGCAGAUAUCCAUCAAGGCUGUGCCCAUGUCCCUUGUGCUAGAAGAUAGCAAUGCUAAGUCCUAUCUUUGCAAUAUAAUGGAUACUCCGGGGCACGUUAACUUCUCUGAUGAGAUGACAGCUGCACUACGGCUUGCAGAUGGCGCGGUACUAAUCGUGGAUGCUGCUGAAGGGGUUAUGGUAAAUACUGAGCGGGCUAUACGACAUGCUAUACAAGAAAGGCUUCCCAUUGUAGUUGUGAUAAAUAAGGUUGACAGGCUUAUUACAGAACUAAGGCUGCCUCCAAACGAUGCUUAUUUUAAGUUGCGCCAUACAUUGGAAGUAAUCAACGACUUGAUCUCAUCCUUCUCCACCACUGCCGGAGGCACCCAGAUUAUCGACCCAACUGCUGGAAACGUUUGCUUCGCCAGUGGGAGUGCGGGAUGGUCUUUCACCUUGCAGACGUUUGCUAAACUAUACGUGAAGCUUCAUGGCAUCCCAUUCGACUUUCUAAAAUUUGCUUCACGUCUAUGGGGAGAUAUUUACUAUCACCCUGACCGGUCCUUUAAAAAGAAACCCCCAGCGGGCGGUGGUGAAAGGUCAUUUGUGCAAUUUAUUCUUGAACCUUUGUAUAAAAUUUACAGCCAAGUUAUCGGAGAGCAUAAACGAAGCGUUGAGUCGACCCUUGCGGAAUUAGGCGUUACUCUUAGCAAUGUGGCUUAUAAAUUAAAUGUUCAACCUUUACUCAGAUUGGCCUGCAGCUCAGUCUUUGGAUCUGCCACUGGUUUCACCGACAUGCUCGUUCAACACAUACCUUCUGCUAAAGAUGCAGCAGCGAAGAAGGUAGAGCACAUAUACACAGGUCCUCAAGACUCUUAUGUAGCGGAGGCGAUGAAAGACUGCGAUCCUUCGGGAAUUCUUAUGGUCAAUGUUACAAAACUGUAUCCAAAAUCCGAUUGCAGCGUCUUCGAUGCUUUCGGACGAGUUUACAGCGGGUCGAUUCAGACUGGUCAGACUGUACGCGUACUCGGUGAAGGUUAUUCUCCUGAUGACGAAGAGGACAUGACGAUCAAAGAGGUUUCAAAACUUUGGGUUUACCAGGCUCGUUACCGUAUUCCCGUUAGCAAAGCUCCUGCUGGUUCAUGGGUUCUUAUCGAGGGCGUCGACGCGUCAAUCAUGAAGACGGCAACGUUGUGCCCUUUAGAUAUGGAUGAUGAUAUUUAUAUAUUUCGCCCGCUUCGGUUCAACACGUUGUCGGUUGUGAAGACGGCAACGGAACCGUUGAAUCCGAGCGAGCUACCGAAGAUGGUGGAGGGCCUGCGGAAAAUUAGCAAGAGUUAUCCUCUGGCAGUCACUAAGGUUGAGGAGUCGGGCGAGCACACCAUUCUUGGGACAGGGGAGAUAUAUCUCGACUCGAUUAUGAAGGACCUUAGAGAACUUUAUUCGGAAGUGGAAGUUAAAGUGGCAGAUCCAGUGGUCACUUUCUGUGAAACUGUUGUUGAAUCAUCUUCAAUGAAGUGUUAUGCCGAAACACCCAAUAAGAAGAACAAAAUAACCAUGAUAUCUGAGCCAUUGGAGAGGGGAGUUGCCGAAGAUAUUGAGAACGGUGUUGUGAGCAUUGAUUGGAGUCAAAAGAAAAUUGGCGAUUUCUUUCAAAAAAGAUACGAGUGGGAUCUACUUUCUGCAAGGUCAAUUUGGGCAUUUGGACCAGAUAAACAGGGGCCUAACAUCUUAUUGGAUGAUACCCUUCCAAGUGAAGUUGAUAAAAAUCUACUCAAUGCUGUGAAGGAUUCAAUUGUUCAGGGAUUCCAAUGGGGAGCCCGAGAAGGGCCUCUUUGUGAUGAACCAAUUCGUAAUGUGAAGUUCAAAAUUUUGGAUGCAUCAAUUGCUUCUGAGCCUCUACAUAGAGGUGGCGGCCAGAUUAUUCCAACCGCUAGACGUGUAGCCUAUACCGCCUUUCUCAUGGCAACCCCAAGGCUUAUGGAACCCGUUUACUAUGUCGAGAUCCAAACUCCGAUUGAUUGUGUAUCUGCAAUUUACACUGUAUUAUCUCGAAGACGGGGCCAUGUAACUGCCGAUGUGCCGAAGCCUGGAACUCCUGCAUAUAUUGUGAAGGCUUUCCUACCGGUCAUAGAGUCAUUUGGCUUUGAAACGGAUUUGAGGUACCAUACUCAGGGUCAAGCCUUCUGCCUCUCUGUAUUUGAUCACUGGGCCAUAGUGCCUGGUGACCCACUCGACAAAAAUAUCGUGCUGCGCCCGCUUGAACCGGCGCCCAUUCAGCAUCUUGCUCGCGAGUUCAUGGUCAAAACGAGACGUAGGAAGGGUAUGAGCGAGGAUGUGAGCAUCAGCAAAUUCUUUGAUGAAUCUAUGAUGAAUGAGCUGGCUCUACAGGAUGCAGAGUUACAUCUCCAGAUGACAUAAACCCCCCUCCUGAUCAUCGCAACAAUAUUUCUUUGCCUUGCUUGCGCCAGGUACCAUAUGGUCUCUUUUGAAAUACUCAUUUCUCUUGUUAAUUAAAGCUUGGGUUGAGGCAUUCCAAAUUUUGAGCUACUGUUACAAUAUCUUUCGGCAGCUUUGUCACAAGUAUAUAUUUAUGUUUUAUGGCAAAACAAGACAAGAGUAGGGCAUAGAAUUAAAUUUAGGGAGCGUAAAUGUGUUGCUUUCUUAUUUUCCCAUGGUUCUAAGAAAAAUUUCUAUGUAUCAUUGGUUGGGCAUAUUAUCUUUUGAUUUAUGUGUAGGACACCUUAGGGAAGUUGGUUGGGGAUGUUUGAGACCACAAAAAUGGUUGUGUAGCUUUGUUGGUUCGGGGAUGAUAGGUUCCGAGACAUUAGUGCAUGGAUAGACAUGAAACUCUACUCUGUAACUCUUAAAUGUGAUUCGCAUUCUUUUUUCCAUACA